CCAGCGAGCGAGACACAUACACACAGGGGAGAGGGGGAGCCGGGCUACACCCCCUACUUACUUCUCUCUGCACUUCAGCUCCAGUACAGAACAGGACAGGAUCCCCCCCCAGGCUUCAGACAUGGAGACACAAAAUCAUCUUUCUUGCACUGGACAAACACCUCUCACUAAUGCCUCAGGACUAAAACUACUGCCUCAAUCGGUGGAACCAGUUUACACAAACAGUACACUUACAAGCUUUUCCCAACAUGGAAAGGUGCUGAACUAUGACCUACCAGUCAAUGGUCUAAUCUCUCCCUCCUUGUCUAACAAUGCUCAUGGAACAUUAUUAUCAAAUGAACACAUCACCCAUAAUUCUGCAUCCAAUAACUUCGACUACCUCUGGAAAAAGCCCAAGUCCUCCGUUCAUAAGGAUUCUCAUGUAUCCAAUCAGUUCUUAGUGAAUGGCUCAACCUGUCCAAUAACUAAUGGACCUUCCAUUAAAAGAAGCCCACAGGAGACAUUGGGAAACUGUACAUCAAACCAAACAGCUUCCUUCAAUGUCAGCAGCCACAGCGUGUGCAGUCCUAAUGAGGCUAAUGUCAAGAUGGUAACUGCAGCUAAUGGGGCACAUUAUGGCUUCUAUGAAGCAUCCCUUCCUGUUUCUGUCUCGGCUUCCAACAUGCAGUCUGUUUCUGGGGACAACCUGGUCAAAGAGAGAACAGUAGAGGAAAAUGAGGCAGGCGCCACUGAGGAGCGUAAUCACACACCUGAACUGGCAGAGGCAUUAGAGCCAUCUGAUACACAGACAGAUCUUAACAUUUGUGAAUACAAGGAAUCUGUCCUAGACCCUGUUAUUCAGUCGACACCCAACCCACUGCUCCCUCCUGAUGUUAGCAAUCUAGAUGACCCAUCCCAGCUUCCAUCCCAGCUUGGGGACUCCCAUCUUCUUAAUGAAGAUUCCCUGGAACCUUUUGGAGCAGAUCUCAUUCAAGAUCCAAUAAGCAGCACCAUGUAUGAUCUAGAGGAAUUGGAAGUAGGAAGUACAAAACAAAAGGAUCCACAGUUGGACACCUCAAGCUUGGAUUGCCCAACAUACUCUCUUUCUGCUGCCUUUCCUCUUGUGGCUGAAGACACAAAUGAUUCCUCAGUCCUAUUUAAUGCAUCGUCUGCAUCCCCAGUUCUUGGAGAUUCUGUAAUGCAAGAAAGUGCUUCUGAGAUGGGCGAGGAUCCCGAAGGCAGCAAAGCUGAGGAACCAGUUUCGGGACCAGAGAAUGUAUCUCAGGAUGAAAUGACUAUAGAAAACACAAGUCCAGAGCCCUGUGUUGCUGCUGAACAUGAGGAGGAAGAACUGGAACCCGGCGAAGUAAAGGGUACAAUUUCUAGAAGGAGGAUCGCUACUCCAGAACAAGUGUGUUUCCCAUUACAGCAUGGGUGGAGGCGGGAAGUGAGGAUAAAGAAAGGCAGCCACCGCUGGCAAGGAGAGACCUGGUACUAUGCUCCUUGUGGCAAGAGAAUGAAGCAGUUCCCUGAGGUUAUCAAGUAUCUGUCUAAGAAUGCAGGCCCAUUCGUGCGUAGAGAACACUUCAGCUUCAGUCCUAGGAUGCCUGUUGGGGACUUUUAUGAAGAGCGUAAUACAGCAGAAGGUCUUCAGUGGGUAUUGCUCAAUUCUGAGGAAAUUCCCUCCCGAAUCAUAGCCAUCACUGGAAAAAGAGGGCGUCCUCGUAACUUGGAAAAGGCAAAAGCAAAGGAGCAGAAGGCAAAGAGAGGACGAGGGAGACCUCCAAAAGUUAAAAUGAUUGACCUGUUAAGUAAGGCAGAUGCUAAACUCUUACGGAAGUUGGAAAAUCAAGAUAUACUGAGUGAUUCUGAAAAAGUGCAACUGUGUAAGUUAAAGAAGAAAAUGAGGCGAAAGGCUAGAAAUCAAGAAGCCAAACUGGAGGCAGCAAAGAAAUUAAAAGAAAUAAAAGAAAAGGAGGAAAAAAAGCAAAAAAUUCAGAAGGCAAAGAAUCAAGAAAAGGCAAAGAAUCAAGAAAAAAAGAGAACAAGGAGACAGCCAAAGCAGAAAGCCCCUGUCGUUCAGAAACCUGACAGAAAGCAACUUGCACAGCAGCGCCGUCUGGAAGAGCGAAAGCGACAGCAGUUUAUCUUAGAGGAGCUAAAGAAACCCACAGAAGACAUGUGUUUACCUGAUCACCAGCAACUUCCAGAUUUUCCUUGUGUACCAGGCUUGUUUCUGCCCAGCUGUGCCUUCUCAGACUGCUUAACCACAGUAGAAUUUUUGCAUUCUUAUGGCAAAGUGCUUGGACUGGAUGAGGCCAAGGACAUACCCAGCCUGUGCACUCUGCAGGAGGGUCUUUUUAAAGUUGGGGACAGCCUAGGAGAAGUUCAAGACCUGCUGGUGAAACUUUUGCAGGCAGCGAUGAUUAACCCUGGGUUACCACCUUAUUGCCAGUCCCUGAAGAUCCUUGGUGAAAAAGUGUCUGAAAUUGUACUAAGUCGUGAGAAUGUGUCAGAACCUCUGCGAAUCUUCCUGGAGGCUUAUGGUGGUGACAUAGAGCUUUGUGACAGUCUUCGCUCUCAUCCAUUCCAGGCUCAUGCUCCUCAUAUCAAGACUGCAAUUCUUGCAUUUAUUGUCAAUGAAUUGAAUGCCAGCUCACUCAUUAUUUCUGAAAUUGACAAAACUCUGGAAAACAUGUCUCACUACCGAAAACAUAAGUGGAUAAUUGAGGGAAAAAUUCGCAGGUUGAAAUUUGCUUUGUCCAAGAGGAAGAGCAGUGAAGAAAGUCAGAUAACCACUACAGAGGUUUCUCUGAGGAGGCGCAGUGAACGCAAUGCUGAAGAGAAUGAUGAGCUAGACUCUAUUGACGAGAGUGCUAUACAAAAGGAUUAUGUGCAGGAAGAGGUAGACAUCCCACCCUCUACCAGUGUUGUGGAGCUAGAGAGACAAAUUGAGAAGCUCACUAAGCGCCAGAUGUUCUUUAGAAAGAAAAUACUUGGUUCUUCACAAAGGCUUCGAACGGUGUGUCUAGGACAAGACCGCUACCGCCGAUGUUAUUGGAUGCUGCCACACCUAGGUGGAAUAUUUAUAGAAGGCUUACCUGAGAGUGCUGAGCCAACUGAAGAAGCUGCACUGGGAAACGACAUAGAGGCUUCUUCUGUAAAGACUGAGGACAAAUCUUUUGGCUCCUUAUGUAAAACUUCAGGUCAUCCUCGAAAUUCCACUGCCGAGCCAGAGCAAAACUCUACUUCGUGUCAUUGUUCAGAUUCCAAGGACAAAGAACCCAGUGGUGUUACUGAUCAAUUCCCAAAUAGUGUGCCUCUCACCAACAAUCAACAGGAUCUCAGUCAGUCAGUGUUCCUUUCAUGGUUGACUAAAAAUCAAACUUCUAUCAUGGACAGCACAGUGCUUACUCCUGAGAGUAGCCCUCCACACAGCGAAUCAACACCCAUCAUUUCCUCUGAAGCAACUGAAAAACCAGAGCAGUGGCUUCCUCUGAUUUCCAGAACUCCUUGCCGUAACCAUAACCAGGGCCUUUCUACCCACUCAUCAAACAGACUAUCUCCACCAUCACCAACUGCAGCUACAUCUGUAAAACAGGUCAAUGAAUUCACGGAGGAAGCACAAACUUUUGCUACGUCCUUGCCUUCUAAUUCAACCCCAUGUCAUGUUUGCUACAAUUCUGGGAAGAGCUCCACUGCAUCCCAUGAAAUAACAUUGACCUCUAAUAUUCUCCAUGACUCCGAAAAGGAGAAGCGAAGAGGACGUCCUCCUAGUAAGCUGCUAAAACAGAUUGAGCAGAAAUACUACAACCAACUCAUAGAAAGACCUAUACCUGCUGGUGUGAGACAGAAGUGGUGGUGGAUAAAGGACCCAGCAAUGUUGGAAUCAUUAUUGAAAGCUCUACAUCCUCGUGGCAUCCGUGAAAAAACAUUGCACAAACAUCUCACUAAGCAUUUGCAGCACCUAAAGGAAAUGUGUGCACGACCAGCCAGCGAUGCUCUCUUCAAGUUCACCCCUGUAGAUGGUCACCGUGUAAGCCAAGAGACACUGGAUAGAUGGUCUGUAACUGAUUUGACUUUCCAAGUGGAUCUGUCAGCCCUGCAGUGGGUGGAGGACCUUGAACAAAGGGUCAUGUUGUCUGACCUGCAACAAAGGGGUUGGUCCCCAUCUGCGCCAGACUCCGUUAGAACAGAUCUUAAGUACUAUGAACACCAACUGGAGCCAGCCGACGACAUUACAGUGAAAGUGAAACGAGAAGACUGUCGACUCUACAGAGAGUCUUCUAAUCCCUUGGAUUUAGCCGUUUUGCGCAUUCUAUGUUUGGAGGAAAAUGUGGAGAGAAAAUACUUGAAAGAACCCCUCUGGUUGUUCAGUGAGGUGCAGCAUGAAAAGGUUGUGAUCACAAAUCCAGAGGAUCCCCUCUCUACGACAGAAAUUGAAUACAGCAUUACAUCACGCUUAAGAUUGUGGCGGCAGACAGUGGAAAGAUGUCGUAGUGCUGCCCAACUGUCACUUUGUCUACAGCAGCUGGAGAGGUCAAUAGCUUGGGAGCGGUCACUUAAUAAAGUGACCUGCUUAUAUUGUAGAAAAGGGGAUAAUGAUGAGCUCUUGCUACUCUGUGAUAGCUGUGAUCGCGGCUGUCACACUUACUGUCACCGACCUCGAAUGAAUGAGAUUCCAGAAGGUGAUUGGUUUUGUCCUACCUGUAUAUCACUGCAAAGUGAGAGUGAGUUUCUAAGAUCCAGCGGCACAUCAAAACGCAUCAGAAAGUGUACUGUGCGAUUCACAGAAGACAGCCCGUCAAAGCCUUCACGGCGGCGAGAACAUCCCACGGCAUCUCAGUUCUCACCAGGAGAGUCGCCAGCUUCCAAAAAGAGGCGCAUGGGCACAAGGAGCCAGAGUCCAGAUUUAACUUUCUGCGAAAUCAUUCUAAUGGAGUUGGAGUCGCAUGAAGAUGCCUGGCCUUUUCUGGAGCCUGUGAAUCCACGCCUUGUGCCUGGUUAUAGGAAAAUCAUUAAAAACCCCAUGGACUUCUCUACCAUGAGGCACAAGCUGUUGAAUGGAAAUUAUUCUAGAUGUGAGGAGUUUGCUGAGGAUGCCGAGCUUAUCUUCAGCAAUUGCCAGCUGUUUAAUGAAGACGAAUCAGACGUGGGGAAGGCUGGCCUAAUUCUUAAGAAGUUUUAUGAUGCUCGAUGGGAAGAGUUCAGUCAGGAACGCAACCAGAUUUCCCUGUGAUACUGGAGUCCUCAAGCCCCCCCCUUCUCUUCAACCCAUUUAUGUUGUGCAUUCUCCGAAAUGCUGAAAACGGGUUAAAACGCUUAUUGUCAGUUCAGCUCCUAUUGUGUUUCACACAGCGACCUGGCAAAUCAAGGGUAAAUUAGUUCUUUCCCCCGAGCAUAUACACUCUUCCAACGUCAUCACAUGGCUUCUGGAACAGAUUCAUUACCCAAUCACCUUUCAGUGAUCUAUCCCUUAAUUGGGACUUGGAGAGUUUGCAGUUUGGUGAAUUGGCUGGGGGUGAAAUUGGACAAAACUUUGCAUAAUCCCUUAAACAAUCUCUCCUCUGCCCCUUCCAGUUGUGUAUGCAUUAACAUGUCUUUGUAUCAUUCAGUACUUUCUAAAUUCUACAACUCGUAGUUCCAUGCUGCAUGUCAGGCAGUGACACGUGUACAUAUGAUCCGUUCAUGCAUCGUGUAGCCAUUGAAUAUAUACGUAAUCCGUCACAACAUGAGUGCACAAUGAUACCUGCUAUAGUUUAUUCCGGCACAUUCAUGGGUCAGUGCUUUCCCACUGACAUCUGCUCACUCUUAAAGUUUCCUUGUUAAUAUCUGCAGCCAGGUAGGAAUUAUAAGCAAUAGCAAAUAGUCAACAUAUCUUUAUUUUUUUUCUUAUGUUUCAACAGCGUAGGUGGGAAUCUACAGUGUAGCAGAUAUAUUGUCUAUGGCCAGUACAGUGGGCACCAGCCCAUGACAGGUUACCAGUAUUUAGUUGUGCCCUGGGCUGGACAUGUCUAAUCUUUUUUUUUUUUUUUUAUGUGCUGCUUCCAGUAGUAGUCACUGUUAUAUGAACCUCCUACCUUUCUUACUCUAGCACUACCUCUCUCCCAUUCCACCUUUGACUUCUUAUUCAUUCAUUUUUUUUUAUCUUGGCCUAGAGGUGACCAUUUAUGUUGCUUUGAGCCUCUGGCCUUUAACCUGUUCCAGGCUUUUAGCACUACAGGGAUCCUAGGGGACAACCAUUGAAUGCCCAGUGGUAGGGAAGUCAUGGUGUGUGCUCUGUUGUAUGUACAUUGUUUUAUUUAUUGAACUUAGUCAUGCUGCAGAGGCCAGUUGCUUCUCAUAUUUAAUGUCUUCUUUUAGGUUGAAAUGUGGGUGUGUAUUUUGAGCUGUAAGCACCACCCCCCAAUCUAAGUAUCCGAAUCAUCUUGCAGCUCUGAAGUAGCCUGUCUGUGACUCAAGCUUGGUUACACUGCUGCUUCUGUCAUCACGUUGCUGGUCGUUUAUUCUCCUAAUACAUUGUGGUACAGUUGUGUCUCUUUAACGGCUGUUUAAUGUCUUUAAGGGUGUAUUCAGUUCAGUUAAAAUGCUAUUUAAAAACAUCACAUUGUGAGGGAUAGGAUUAUGUUUUUACAUUUGCAGACAUGAACCAAGUGCUGUUGCCUUUAUGGAUCAGUGUUCUUUGUGUUUCAUCAGUGUGGAAGGAGCUGCUUUGCCCUGUUAUUAGAAAGCCCUGCUGUCUCAUGAAAGAACUAAACCUGCUGAAUAUGCGUACGUACAGUAUGACCCAUCUCAUGCCCUGUAGAGGCAGUCGUCACCCCUCAUUCAUGCAAAGAGUGGCAGAUUCUGUUUGAAUUUUUUGGCUUCAGUGUACUUUGUCAUUCAGAAGCCCAAACUAGUACCUGUACCUUGCAAAGUUUUAAUCAUUUGGAGACAGUUUUUUUUCUUUAAGAGUAACUUGUGUGUAAA